UAUUUAAUUUUAACCAAAUUCUUCAGUUCCAUUACAGCAGGCAUCAACAUCUGCUUAACUUCCAUAAAACAUUACGACCUUACUUAUAGAGAUUCUCAAUAUAUACCUACUUAUUACAACCUAUUUGUCCUGAUGUCCCUCAAACAAAAAUUUACUCACCAUAAGAAAAUUAGAAACCGGCUGCUAUUUUACAUGCGGUUUUCCUUUGAUGAUAUAGUCAAGGUUAAUCAUCUUAAGGCUGAGACACAUUCACAAACAAAUAUCAAAAACAAUAGAAAAUAGUGGGGGUCAAAAGAAACUUUCAAUCUUCUGUUUGAUAACGUAAAUAUGAACAUACUAUAGUUAUAUUGGUCAACUCAACUUCAUGAAAGAAAGUGUAACUCAAAAUACAUUAACCUAAACAUGAGUUUCAUUUUGAAAGAAAUUCUAAAACUGAUACCGUAUAUUCUCUUUAAUUUAUAUGAUAAAAUCUUGUAUCCUCACCCUAUAUAUUCUUAGUAUCUGUGCAUAUCAAAAUCCAUCCCAGCUAUUAAGCAUAAACGAAAUAAAAAGGACAAGGAAAAAAAAUAUUAACCAAUAAGAUGGGAAGCAAAGCUGUGGUCUCAGUCUACUUAAUUAUUUCACAGUGUGCUGCCAUCUUUGUCACUAGUGGAGUAGCUCAAAUGCAAAAUCCGCAGGCGAUUCCAGGACUUUUUCCACCUGGCUUAGUACCUAUUGAUCUCGUCAAAUGUUGGUCGUCUCUCUUUACCGUCGAAGGAUGUGUCCUGGCAAUCUCCAACUCAUUUUUUUCUGGAAAAUUUGAAAACGUUGAAGCGGCAUGCUGCAAGGUGUUUUCAACUUUAGAUGCAAACUGUUGGCCUCAUAUGUUUCCUUUGAAUCCUUUCUUCCCUCCUCUCCUCAAGGACAAUUGUGCGCGUAUCAUCCCUAACUCCCCUGCACACAACUGAAAGGAAUAAUGAUUGUUCAUCUACAGUUUUAGACUAGUAUAUUAGCUUCAGUGUCUAAGUUUUUCAUGUGUGAACUCAAUUAUUAGGAGAGCCCUAUAUUUACCUUUUCCUCAAUAAAGUGAAAUUUUAGCAAUAUCUACAACUCUUGUCAAUGUUUCUUGGUCACAUUAUACUUCUAUAAUUACAAAUACAUCACUGGAAAUGGGUUUGUUAUCUAUCUUCAGUUGGCUAUGUAAAAUAUUAUAUCGGAAAUUAAAACUCACAAAAACACAACUCGAACAAAGAUUGAAACAUCAAACAAAGUACAUUCAGAUAAAUUGACACAAAAAGGAUUCAGAAGACUCAAAACGUCGAAAAAUAUGUCUUAAUUGGCCUUUCUCGUCAGUUUAUGCAAGGGCAAGAAAAGAUAACACAUAACUCUAAAAUAAACCUAUUAAUUUUAAAUGGUUUGAAUUUCACCCUAAGGUUUCUGGUCAUAAAACCUUUAGAUAUUCAAAAUGAAAAAUCUGCUAACUAUAAAAAGUAAAAUCAAACAUAAGGAGAAAAACACAACUUUAGUUUGUUAUCUUACAGGUACAUAUAUAAACAAUGAGUUUUAUUACAAUACUGAUAUGAAAGAUUGGGAAAAGGAUAAAUAAUUUUUUUAUAGAACUCACAAGCAUAAUAUUAAGUUCCCAUUCGUAUAGCUUUGUUAUUUCUUUUUAUUCCCAGGACAGUUACUUCCUUUUUCUCAUCCUAUCCUCAUAUUCUUCAUUAGAUUAGCCAUGCAAAUACAACAAAAAAAAUGAUGGCAACAAAGCUUUGGUACUCUAUUUAUUUAUAACCAAAUUCUUUAGUGCCCUUACAGCAUCCAUCAACAUCUGCUUAACUUGCAUAAAACAUUACGACCUUACUUAUAUAGAUUCUCAAUACCUACUCAUUACAACCUACUUGUCCUGAUGUCCUUCAAACAAAAAUUUACUCACCAUAAGAAAAUUAGAAACCGGCUGCUAUUUUACAUGCGGUUUUCCUAAGAUGAUAUAGUUAAGGUUAAUCAUCUUACGGCUGAGACACAUUCACAUAUUUUAAAACAAAUAUCAAAAACAAUAGAAAAUAGUGGGGGUCAAAAGAAACUUUCAAUCUUCUGUUUGAUAACGUAAAUAUGAACAUACUAUAGUUAUAUUGGUCAACUCAACUUCAUGAAAGAAAGUGUAACUCAAAAUACAUUAAACCUAAACAUGAGUUUCAUUUUGA